AUGGAGCCACACAGACUCACCGCAACCGAAGCCCUCCAGCUCAUCCAAUCUAACACCCUCACCGUCGAAUCGUACGCCCGCGCGCUACUCUCCAGAAUCGAGUCGCGCGACCCCGCAGUCAAGGCAUGGGUCCAUCUCAACCCGGACGCCGUGCUGCAACAGGCCCGGCUACUCGAUCAAAUCCCCGUUGCCCAGCGCGGUCCGUUGCAUGGAAUUCCAGUUGCCGUAAAGGAUGUUAUCUAUACCAAGGACAUGCCAACCCAGCAUAACUCGCCGUUAUACAAGGAUAGCCAUGUCGCCGUUGACGCUGCCGUCGUCGCGAGUCUGCGUGCUGCGGGCGCUCUUAUAUUCGGAAAAACAACAACGACCGAAUUCGCCGCGAUGGUUGUCGGGCCUGCUACCCGGAACCCACAUUCUAUAUCUAACUCUAGUGCCACUGAUAGUGCUGGAAUUCGCACACCAGGCGGGUCAAGCUCCGGCUCUGCAGCCGCUGUAGCGGAUUUCCAGAUCCCGAUUGCAUUAGGGACGCAGACGGGUGGGAGUACAGUGCGGCCUGGGAGCUUUAAUGGGGUUUACGGCUUCAAACCGACCUGGAAUGCCGUGAGUCGCGAGGGGUGUAAGGUUUAUGCGAUUACGCUUGAUACGGUCGGUUACUUUGCACGCGGGGUUGGGGAUUUGAGGCUGUUGGGCCGGGUUUUGGGGGUGGAUGAUUACGGUUUUGACGACAAGGGUAGGUUUAAAGGGCUGGAAGGGGCGAGGAUUGGCGUUGUGAAGAGUCCCGCUUGGGAUUCUGCUGGGAACGGGACGGUCGAUGCAUUGGAAAGGGGCAAGGUGCUGCUUGAGAAACACGGCGCUGUGGUCGAGGAGGUACAACUUCCUGCUGAGUUUGAUAAAUUGCCCGACUGGCAUGUCAAGAUCAUGGCUGCAGAGGGCCGCGUGAAUUUCCUCUCUGAAUAUCGCAAGGACAAGACGCAGAUCCACCCCGAGCUAUCUGCGGCUGUGGAGAAUGUGUCUGGUCUUACGCGCGUGAAGGAACUGGAGGCCUUCGAUGGCGUUGCGAUGCUGAGGCCGCGUAUUGAUGAGAUUGCGAAUCGAUAUGAUGCACUGCUUACGCCUAGUGUCCCUGAUGAGGCGCCUCUGGGGCUGGGGAGUACGGGGAGUGCGGUGUUUAAUCGGAUCUGGACGGCACUGCAUGUCCCUGUUGUGACUGUUCCUGGCUUCGGGGGCGAGAAUGGAAUGCCUAUAGGUCUGACCCUAGUCGCAGCUAGAUACCAUGACCAGCAUCUACUGAAUGUUGCUGAGGCGGUUGGGAAGGUGUUUGAGGAAGAGGGAGGGUGGAAGUCAUCUUUAUAA